GGCAGCAGGGGGCGGAGCAAGUUCAACCUGUUCCUCCUGGAUUCCACCUGAGGCCGCUCACAGUGAACGGCAGCCGGACAUAAGAAACAUGUUCACCUUCAGAGUCGGGAAAAAAAACAUUGGGAAUCAAUGCAACGUCAUCAGAUGGUUUCUCCAGGCGCUGCUGUUCUUCAUCCUCCUGCUGUUCAUCGUCGUCAUCUUCCUGAAGCUCUACAACGACCCGACCACAGAUAUAAUUAAAAAUGGUCGGAUCUCCAGGAUGGACGCCAACGCAGAAGGGCCAUGCUUCAGGAAGAACGUCUGUCCAGCGAAUCACAUCGGCUUCUUCGUCCAGAGCGGAGCUGCAAACGUUGUUCCUCCAAAGAUCUGCGUCAACAACAACCUGGCUUUAGGAACCGUUAUGAACAACGCUGGCAGCGGCAUCAACAUCGUGGUGGUAAACGGUAAAUCCGGAGACGUCAUGAAGACGGAUCACUUCAACAUGUACAGCGGCAGUGUGGAGCCGCUCAUCGAGUUCCUGAAGGGCGUCGAGACGGGUUCUGUGGUUCUGAUGGCUGUGUACGACGAGGGAUCCACAAAGUUAAAUGAGGAGGCCCGGACUCUGAUCUCGGACCUGGGAAGCUCCACCAUCCAUUCCCUAGGAUAUCGGGAUAACUGGGUGUUUGUUGGUGGGAAAGGAACGACAGGGAAAAGCAACUUUGAGAAGCACAUGAAGAGCGACGAUUCCAAAAACAAGUACGACAACUGGCCUGAGAUGGUGGAGGUGGAGGGCUGCGUUCCCAAAUACGUGGAAUAAUCCCGGAAAAAUCAGCAGGAAGCUGCAGGAGGGGACUUUUAGGACUUAAACUGAUCUGGAUGAAUCCAUGAGAUCCUCCACAUCCUGCAGAUAAACCUGGAUCUGAUGCUGUGACUCAGAUCCAGGUUCAAUUAAAAUAAUCCGGUCAA